AUGUUCGGCGGCUUCAUGAAAACCAAAAAGAAGGAUGAGAUCGUCGAGGUUCCUCCUCCCCCCGAGGACAAGGACAGCCGAUGGGACCUCAACGAAGACGGCAAGCUCGACGCGAAGGAGAUGACCCACCUCGGGCGAGCAGAUGCGAGCAAGCUCGAGCGCUACCUCGAGGCCGACGUCGACGGCGACGGCGUGCUCAGCAACAACGAGCUGCGUCUCGCCGAAGAGGGCGAGGACCAGUUCGCCCGCCUCAAGACGCUGCGCAAGAUCAAGGAGGCGUACGUGUACCGCCGCAACAAGAAGCGCGACUACAUGAGCCUCUUCCUCUUCAGCGUUUUUCUCGGGCUCUACCUCGGCAUCCUGUACGAGCAGACCCAGGCGGAGAGCGCGUACGGCAUCGUCUGGACCAUGCAAAACUCCGUCGUGCCCCAGAACGAGAACACCGACGAGGACCAGCUCGUCUACUCCAGCAAGGACAACAUCUUCUCGUGGAUGAAGGAGACGUUCGGUCCCAUAUGGGCCGACCCAAAGUGCGGCGACGGCGAAUGUUCGCGGCAGACGGAGUACCCGGGCUUUGGCAAGUUCGGAUGCACCGCCGACUGCGGGCCGUAUCCCCCGGAGUUUCUGUCGACGCUCCACAUCGACAUUCAGCCCUCGUACAAGGUUGACGAGACCGACGCGGUGAUGUCCGACCUCGGCGACAAGUUCCUUUCCGAGUCGUCCUGGAACCUCUGCACCAAGCAACUGGAAAAGGACGACAAGACUGGGGCUGCCGUCGAAUCGUGCUGGUACGACGUGGAGCAAAAGUUCAGGGCCAGGGCUGGCAGGACCGAACGGUCCAUCAUCAGUCCGGGCGUGCCCGGCAUGGACUGGUACGUGAAGCUCAAGACGCCGUACGGCGGCACCCGAGGCACCGUGUACGUGGUCGACACCUCCACCACUCCUCGCAAGCGGACGCCCGUGUACGCGUGGGACUACUGCUCUCACACGUGGAGCACCAAGGAGCCCAAAAUCAUCGCGGAGGAGGCUGGCGCCCCCGCCGGCUUCAUCUUCAACAUGUACAAGCACUCGGACGACACCCUCAUCAAGCCGCCCACCCCCGCGCCGCCGUCGCCUCCCCCACCUCCGCCGCCGCUGCCGCCGAUGGCCGCCGGCCUGAAGGCUUCGCUCUCGCUCAAGGGAUACACCAAAGCCACGUUCGGGCUCGACGAGCAGCUCGCCUUCAGGGAGAGCGUCGCGAGCUUGCUCGGCGGCGCAAAAUUCCGCCGAGACCGCAUCGUCAUCACCGCCAUCGAGGACGUCGCGGCUUCGUCGGGCAGGCGUCUGCUGCGCCGCCUGCUCCAGACGUCCUACGAGGUGAAGAUCACGUUCACCGUCGCGCUGGUCAGCAGCGCCGACGAAACGGCCAUGGCGACCAACAUCACCUCCAGGGUGCUCGGCGACGCCGACGCGUUCAUCAAGAAGAUGAACGCGUCGGGCGCGACAAACGUCUCUGUUCCGUCGGGUGGGAAAUUCGUGCUCAACAACGAGGGUGUCAUGGCGCCUCCGCCGCCAUCGCCGGCGCCACCUCCGACUCCGCCGAGGCCUGCCAAGAACACGAACUGUACCUGGGCUUCUCUCCAAUCCCUCAAGACAUCGGGAAAUUUGCCGGUCAACGCCGAGCUCGGCCCCGGGGCUGGCCAAUGCGAAGACACAGAACUCAACCCGAACGGCAUACAAAACGGGACAUCGUGUAACCUUAAAUGCACGGUACCAAACCCUCCAUGGGGAGCGCCCACUGUGAAAUGCGGAGAAGGGGUACCCGAGCCCAGCGGCGUUUGUCACUUCUGCGUGUUUGCCGGCGAUGCUGAUGGCCCUGGUGAUUUUUCGAUGGUCUGCCAGAUGGACUCCAACAACCCUAACCUUGUGGAUUCCUGUGACGAAUCGCACGCACGCUGCGCCAUGAACUCGGACGGUGACGACGACGACUACAGCUGCUCAACUCCCCACGACGGAGACACAAUGGACACGUGCAAUAUGUGCCUGUCCAGCGGUCACAUUGGGUUGGACGGGAUUAAAAAUUGCGACGGCACAUGCACACCUGGAAACACGAGUGACCCGUGCUUCAAAGGGUACACAGUUUCUUCAGGUAGUCACGGUCGCCGCAAGUUGCUUUUUGAAUAUGAUGCCCCCCAGCCUUCCUACGAUCCGCACGGUGGUUCCGGUGGUUCCUUCUACGACUACAACGAUCCGUACGGUGGUUCCGGUGGUUCCUUCAACGAUCCGUACGGUGGUUCCGGUGGUUCCGGUGGUUCCUUCUACGAUCCGUACGGGGGCCAUGACACCGGUUCGAAAACCGGAGACACCUUCGGGUCGUGGGGUCCCAGCCCGUCAGACGAGCCUACUCUUCUGGGCGGUGGACCCGCGUCCAACGUUAAGUACGACAGCCCCACCUCGAAGGUGUUCCUCGGCUCGAAGAGCAAGACCUGCGCUGCCGGCGAGAAGAAGUAUCUACUCCUCUCGCACAUCGACCAGAUGGCCAACGAGCACCGAUACAAGGUGUGGGUGACGGACUAUAAUUCGGGCAGACCAUUUGUCGAUCCAGCCAAUUACCUCUACCAAGGUGACGGUUGGGCGAACAACGUGGACUUCAUGAACGGAUACGAUCUUGAAACCGACACCGAAAACUACGUCGACGGAGAUACCUCAGGGACAAAGGCUGCGACCAAGAUUUACGGCAAGACGCCCAGGUACUCCAACGACGGAGUCGAUGGCGAAGCUGAGUAUCGGUACGAUGUUUUCCCAAACGCGGUCGAGCUUUGUGUGCCGACGAGUGGUGUGACCAAACUCACCAUGGUGAUCAACGUCAUCACGGAUGGGUAUGGUAUAAACAAUCAGGCCACUUUUGGCGAAGAUAGAGCUGACAGGAUUUCCGAUCGCGAGUUCAUACCGUCUUUCGCCAUAAUCGACGAAGACGGCUGUUUCGCCGAGCCAGCCUCGGGGGAAGCAUGCUCUGACACGUACAACCCUGCCAACGCUUGGGACCAGCCAAAGCAGAAGGGCGGCGCUGGUGCUAAUAAUCAUCUUUUCCAAUUUUGCCCAAAAUGGCAUUCAAGCUACGCGCUCGCGGAAGGUUCGAGGACCGUGACCGUCGAUCUCAGGCAGAGCGGCAACGAGUGCAAGAAGCUCUCUGAACUCCAGAAAAUCUCCAACCCAUCAAACGCUAUUUUCCUCCCUGAGGUUGCGCUGAUGGAGGCGAUCGAGGAGGGCUACGGAGAGACUGGAAAGUUUGAGCUGUUUUCCAAAUUGAUCACCGAUAAGAAGGACGGCGUCGCAUGUCCGGCCAACUUCGAGGAGAUCCACCUGCUCAUCGAGUCCCCGGAUGCCACCUUGGACACCUUUUCCUACGGCAUCAUCGCUGAACAGGACUAUGGGGGUGACGCGACAACUGGCACGGGAAAAUACACCAACGCAAGAAUGAGCGGCGGCACGCUGCUCUCGCCAGAGCGAUACCUCACGUCUUCGACCGGCGCCGAAAUAUCGGCGAAGUUUCCCAUGCGCAUCAAUGGCGACGUUGCAUUCGAUUGCGUGCAAGAUGUCUCGACCGCGACUCCCACAGUAAAAUCAAGCUACGAUGACAACGUCGUGUACGGCGUGUUCAACUACGAAGUCGCCUACAAGCAGGCCAACACGUAUUAUAUGACAACGGUCCCCAAGUACCUCAGAGGUCGGUGCGCGUACAAGGGGAAAAAGCCAAAGCUUGAAGUGGUCAAGAAGUGCGUAAAAACAGGUGAGCAAUACAAGCUCCACGUUUUCAGGGCGGAAAGGUAUGUCCAGGCAAACUCAUCCUCGACGGAUUCCAAGAUUUUUAUCACCGACAAGAACGGGUGUGAGAUUGCGGACAACGCGACCGCGACGGUGCCGAAGAGAGCCGUAGAUCGGUUUGAACCCGCCACCGACGCGUCAAAUUCCUUCACGGUCAGCCAGGUCGCUGGUUCGUACAAGAUUGAUCCAGAGACCGGAAUCGACAACUGCCCAGCGGGAAGGAAGAAGAUCUACGCCCCGACCUUUGCGGCGCGGGCUACCGGGACGAAGGAUGGCACCGUCAAGGCCACGUGUCCAAGCGGCAAGAAACUCGUCGAGGUGGUCACGCAAAAUUCUUGGGACGGCGCGAAGAACGCAUGGACCGUGCAGCACGUAGUCUUCAACGACACCGAACUGCUCAAGGGAACCAAGUACACCGCAGCCAUCCUGUCCGAAGCAACCACCUUCAUGUUUCGCGAGCAGAGCGUGGACAACGCCCUGCAGAUCGACUUCUGGUGUCUUCACCCGGGUAAUUACAGCAUCAAACUGACAGACUCGUCAGUUCAGUCUUCGACCAAGGAUGAGGGCUGGAGAGGUGGAGGCGUCCUCGUGACGGACCAGAACGACUGCGAAAUAUACAACGAAAAGCCCACAAAGAAGGUUCCGGACGCUUCCUACUUCGUGGUCAAGUCAACAACCUCGACGACGUGUUCAAAGAAGAGCUACAACAAGACGCAGGGCUUCUGCACGUACGAUCUUGACGUCAUGGGUAAGCUCUGCAACACAAAAGACACGCGCUCUGCCAGCGCGGAUGCGGUUGGUAAGAAGUGUCUCGCGAGUGUGUGCGCCAAUCCGAAGUGCCACACUCCCAUGUUCCUGCAGGACAAGACCUACCUCCGCACGAAGGAUGACCUCCUCAAGGGUUGCUGCAAGCACUACUCUAACGCUCUGGGAGAUACUCUGACAGGUUUCCCCGUCCCAAAGCCUGCAAACGCCACUCCUCCCAUCCCGAUUGUCGAGACGGUGCGCAAGCGGUUUGUCGCCACUAAGAACGUCAUCAUCGGCGGUUUGCUGCUGCAUCAGACCCGGUUCGCGCAGGAGGCGUGCACGGGUAAAUUCGGAAAGAACAUCUCCGGCGAUGUGUGCCCCAGCUCUGUUAAGACAGCCUCCUCUCCCUUUGGCGUUGACCCGACGUUUAUUGUUGGCUCGAACGUUUACGACGCGGCUACGCAGUCGAUGCUCUGCUGCCGCCCCGAGACUGGCGCGGUGCUGAACGCGACGAACGCCUCGAGCCCUCCCGCGGCGGGUUCCAACAACGACGCGGACGACGACGUUGGGGCGGACGACGGCGCGUUUGCCGUCAAGGCGGGUGCAUUCUACAAGAAGAGCGAGUUGAACGAGGAGGGCAUUCCGCUCGGCUUCUACCACAAGUCUCUGGGGUCUCGCGAGGACGGGUUCAGCGUGCUCAUCGACGUUAACCUCCGCGAGAGUCAGUUCAACAAGGUGAUUAGCUACCUGGAGGACGGCUUUUACCUGGACAAGUACACAAAGGAGCUCAACGCCGAGCUGCUGACGUACAACUCCAUGGGCAGAUGCUUCACGUACACGAAGAUCACGUUCAAGUUCAGCGAGGGCGGCAACAUCAUCGUCAAAUACAGCGUCGACCUCGCCAAGCCCCAGCCGUACUGGUACGCGCCGGGCGACGCCAAAGGUGAGCAGGAACACUACGGCAGGAUCAUCGCGGAGAGCGUGUUUUGUCUCCUGGUCCUCGCGACGGCGUGGGGAGAGUUCAUGGAGCUCGUGUCCAUCGUGUGGAAGACGGGCACCGCGAAGGAGUACUUCAGCAGCGCCUGGAACUACAUCGACCUCGUGUCCAUCGCCCUGCACAUCACGUGCGUCGCCCUGUGGAUCGCGCAGCUCGUCGCCCUGCGCGAGUUUGACACCGAGGCUAGGUACGACGUGUACAAGGACAUCACGCAGGACGCGCGCAUGCUCGAGCUGAAGGACGGCGGUUCGCACCUCGAGAAGUUCGUGACGGACGUGGUGGACAGCUUCGACGCCAUCAUCCAGAUCCAGGGUGCGUACGCCACCAUGAACGGCAUCAACAUCUUCCUCUGCCUGCUGCGGUUCCUCAAGUACUGCGAUUUCCAGCCGCGCAUGGGAGUGGUGACUCGCACGCUCUCGUUGGCGUUCCAGGACCUCGCCCACUUCAUCGCGCUGCUCUUGAUCAUCCUCUUCCUGUACGCGACGAUGGGCACCAUCGUGUUCGGCUCGAAGAUUGAGCAGUUCAGCACGUACAUCAGGUCGCUGCGGACGGUGUUCACCUGGUCCGUGCUCGGCGACGACGUCGGCGUGGGAGACGAGCUCUGGGACGUCGACAACCUGGGCCCCAUGGCGCUCGUCGGCAUCCUGUACUACAUGACGUUCUCGGUGCUCAUGAUCGUGAUCCUCCUCAACUUCAUGAUUGCCAUCCUUUCCGAGGCGUACGGCGAGGUGCAGAAGGCGAGCAGCGAGACGUCCAGCUUUGUCCAGGAGGUGGCGACGCUCAUCUCCAAGUACUUCAAGGCGAAGUUCAGCGGCGGCGCCAUCCUCACCGACGCCGCCGCGCUCAAACGCAUCAAGGGCAUGAUCGCCGCCGAGGAGCGCGAGCGCCAGAAGUUCAAGAAGAUGUACGGCAUGAGGGACGUCGCCAACGCCGGCGUCGGCCGCUCCUUCACCCGCGACCCCAACGACUCUGACUACUCCGACGAGGAUGACGUCAUCGACAAGGACGGCAUGGUCUCCUUCGUCGGCGUGGACGACGACGACAUCAACGUCGACGAGCUCCGUCGCACGCUGGAGCACGGCAAGGCUGCGUCCAGGGUGGCCGUGGGCGACGGCGUGGCCAAGGCUAAGAGCGGCCUCGGUGACACCGGCCCGCUCUUCGACUCCAUCAUCACGUCCAUCGGCGAGCGCAUGGAGAAGCGCAAGCUGUCGGACCAGGAGAAGAAGGUGAACGAGAUCCACUCCCUCUCCCUGCUGAUGUACAAGCAGCAGCAGGACAUGAUGAAGGACAUGGACCAGCUCAGAGGCCGCGUCUCGGCGCAGGAGCAAAAGACGCAGGGCGCGCCGAAGGUGUGA